AUGUUCACCAGAGAAAAUCAAUUGAUUAUGGAUCCAAAACAAAUGAAGAUAUCUCUUAUGAAACCAAACGAAUAUUAUGAAAAGGCGAAACAAUCACGAGUAUUAAUUCUUAACCAUGUCAAGUUGAAUAUCAAACAUCAACAUCAACUAGCCAAGACUCGAUAUGAUAAAAAUCGACCGGAUCCAAAAUAUGUUAAAGGCGAUUUAGUUCUGGUACGAGUUAUCAACAGAACAUCGAAAUUUCAAGAAAAAUUUGAAGGUCCCUAUCGAAUUAUUAAUCAAAUAGGUCCUGCAACAUUCAUUGUUAAGAUCGAAAAUCCCGAUAAUGAUGAAAAUACAAACUAUACAAAACAAGUAACGACAGCUGAUAUGAAGCAUAUAUUUAGUUUUGAAGUAGUUUAA